AUGGAAACAUUAAAUUCGGUAAGCCAGGCUGAGGACUUCGCCCUCGCCAAAGGUUGCGAUGGUUCUAUUCUGAUCAACUCGACGCCGGAGAAUCAGGCGGAGAAAGACGCGCUGCCCAGCCUGACGCUCCACGGCUUCGACAUCAUCGACAAAAUCAAGGAGACCGUCGAGGCGGAGUGCCCCGGCGUCGUCAGCUGCGCCGACAUCCUCGCUCUCGCCGCUCGCGACGGUGUCGUUCUGGCUGGCGGCCCGUACAUCGACACGCAGCUCGGUCGCCGCGACUCACGCUCCUCCAGGGCGUCUCGUGUGGAGGCGGCUCUGCCCGGCCACCGUAUGAAUGUGGACGAGCUUGUGAAAAACUUCGCCGCCGUGAACCUUACGCGCCUCGACCUCGUGACGCUCUCCGGCGCGCACACGAUCGGAGACGCACACUGCGGCAGUGUCGCCCACCGGAUCGCGCCCAACCACGACCCCACGAUGGCAAACUCCCUGCGUGAGAAGCUCAACGACAAGUGCAGAGCUCCCACCGAGGAACCCAGUACAGAACUGGACCUCGACUUCCGCACCAAAAACCGAUUCGACAACCAGUACUUCAAGAACCUCCAGGAGAAGUUCGGGCUGCUGUCGAGCGACCAGGUACUGGCGAUCGACGAGCGCACUCGCAACGUCGUGGACCGUUUUGCGGCGGACCAGGAGGACUUUUUUCGCGAGUUUCGCUACUCCAUGUUGCGCAUGGGAGCAAAUAACGUGCUCACUGGCGAAGAGGGGGAGAUCCGCCGCAAAUGCAGCUGCGUCAACUGA